AUGUACCACCAAGACAGUAAACUUGUGGUUUGGAAUCCGGUUUCAGGGGAAACAAAGUGGAUCCAUCAACCUAGAAAAUCUUUCGAUAAGUACGAUGUCUUUGCUCUUGGUUACGAUAGCAAGUCCUCCUGUUACAAAAUCAUAAGGAUGGAUCAAAUUUUCCGUGGUGUCGUAGUUCAGAUUGAUUACGAAACUUAUGACUUAAUCUCUAACUCAUGGAGUGAUAUUUGUGUGAAAACCGACCGGUUCUACCUACCAUGGGAUUGGAGGAGUGGCGUGUCUGUGAAGGGACAUACAUACUGGCUUGCUAUGAUCAACAUGCGCCAUCUGCGCUUUUACUAA